CCCCGAACCAAUGGAGACCCUGAGGCGCUGCUUCCAGAGACGGCCCCUGGGGGGAGGGGCGGUGUUGUAUUCUCGACACCAGGAUGAAGAAGAGGAAGAGGAAGGGGAGGGGGGGGCAGGAGCCGCAAUCGUGCGGCUGCCUAGGCCCCGCCCCCGAGGCAGGCUCCACCCCCACGUGACGUUGGCUCUGGGCUCCGCCUCCGCCUUCCUGGCAGGGCUCCUGGUGGCCGCUCUUGGCCACGCCCCCUGCAGGGGAGGGGCUUGGGUGGGGCCGUCCCCUCCUGGCCCCGCCCCCGGGGAGGACCCAGGGGGCGUGGUUAUCGCCGGGGCCCCGCCCCCGUGGCCACGCCUGCGGGAGCUGCUGCAGCGCCACCUGCUGGAGGAGCGCAUCGAGGCCUGGGUGAGGGAGGUCAGCGCGGGGCCACACGGGGCGGGGUCGGAGCGGGGGCGGGGCCUGGCGGGGGCGGUGCUGGACGCCAUGGAGGGGGCGGGGCUGAGCCGGGCAUGGAGCCGCCCACAGCCCCUCCCCCUCCCCACACGGGGGUCAGCGUCACUGCAGUGGGUGGACAGGGGGGGCCGGGAGCUCGAGCGGCUCCGCUUGGACCCGGAGGCCUUUUGUGCAUGGAGCGCCCCUGGCAACGCCACGGGGGGGCUGGUCUAUGGGCAUUACGGGCGCCCCCAGGACCUGGCGCUGCUGCGGGCCCGGGGGGUGCCCCCCCGUGGGAACCUGCUCCUGGUGCGGCUCGGGCGCGGCCCCCCCGCCGCCAAGGUGGCAGCAGCGGCGGGGGCAGGGGCUCUGGGGGUGCUGCUGUACCCGGACCCCCAGGACACGGCCGGGCCUGGCGGGGACCCUGGCUUGGGGGGUGACACGGCUGUGACUGUGCAUCUCCAGGAGGGCUCGGGUGACCCCUACAGCCGAGGUUUCCCCUCCUUCACCGGCCGAGCUCCCCCCGCCCCCCCGGGGGUCCCCCCCAUCCCCGCGCACCCCAUCAGCGCCAACACGGCCGCGCGGCUCCUCCGGGUUCUGGGGGGCCCCCGGGCCCCCGCGCGCUGGGGGCCCUCGCGGGGGCUUUGGUACCGGCCGGGCCCGGGGGGGCGGCGGAUCCGGCUCAGCGUGGCCGCGGGGACCGAGCCCGGGACCCUCACGAGCGUCUUCGGGGCCCUGGAGGGGCGGCUGGAGCCCGACUGUUACAUCAUCGUGGGAGCGCAACGUGAUUCGCUGGGCCCCGGGGCGGCGGCGUCGGGGGUGGGCACCGCGCUGCUGCUGGAGCUGGCCCGGUUCUUCGCUGCCAUUGGGCGGGACGGGUUCCAGCUCCGCCGCUCGCUGCUCUUCAUCAGUUGGGAUGGGGGCGAAUUCGGGCACUUGGGGGCCACCGAAUGGCUCGAGGGGUACCCCGACCUCCUGCACACCAAAGCCGCCGCUUACAUCAGCCUGGACCAGGCGGUGCUGGGUGCUGACCGCUUGGUGGCCAAAACCAGCCCGACCCUGGUGAACCUCAUCGAGAGCGCGCUCAGCCAGGUGGAAAGCCCCAACGAGGGCGGGAAGAGCCUCCUGGAGCAGGUGACGCGGCCGGGGCGGGGCUGGGAGAGUGACGUGAUCCGGCCGCUGCCCCUCGAGAGCGGAGCCUUCCCCUUCACUGCGGCCGCCGGGGUCCCUGCGCUGGAGCUCGGCUUCGAUGAGGUGGAACCGGG